UUUAGAAAAUUACUUUAACUGAAUUGUUAGCUGACACAAAGAACAUUAAUGUGAAUGAUUUAAAAAUUAUCAAAUUUGUACAUUAUCUCUUAAGGAAACAAUAGUUAAUAUUUUAUAUAAAUAAUGUAAAUGAAAAGCUAAAUCGAUCCAACUAGAUAUCGUGAUACAACCAACGUUGUAGUUGUGCAAAACGUUUUUCUGAACUGAUUUCAAUUUAAAUUUGUUAUGUAGAAGCAAACUUAUCAUCAUGAAACUAAGUACAGUAAUGUCAACUUUUUUAUUUAUAAUAGUAUCUUUAUAUAUUUUAACUAUUGUAGCACUGAAUGAUACGAGUGUAGAUACUAUAGAAACUUUAGAAAUCACAAAUGCAAUUUUCGAAAGGUAUAACUGGGAAUCUAUCAAAGACGUUAACCACAUAAAGUACCGAAAUAUUAAGUAUAGUUUACAAAAAAUAAAAAUGAUAGAUACAAAAAUAAUUGAUCAUAAUUGGGUAUUCAAACGUAUACGGCUAAUGACUUGUUUUUUGGGCUGUACUUAUGCAAAUAGUCUAUUAACUAUUUUGUUUUUUUACGAACGUGUGUAUUUAAUGUGCAAAGAUACACUUAUUAAAGAACCAAUGAAUGGUUAUAAUUGUAUGGUAAAUUUUUUGAAAUCAUUUUAUAGUUUAGCUACAAUGUCAAAUAUUAUGCAAAGUGCAAUGAACGCUUUGGAUGAACUACAUAAGAAGCAAUGGUCACUUUUAAUUAUACCACGUUUCAUAUUAAGAAAUACUUUUGACAAGCUGAUCACAGUUUCCGAUUUUUACAAGAUUGAAAAAGUUUCAAUGGUUAAUCCUAAAAUGAAUAAAACAUUUUAUCAAUCUAUUGAACGGUUUUUUGAAAAAGUCAAGGAGGAUUUAAAUUUGGACAUAAAAUGUUAUUGUAGUUUAAUUCUCGAAGAUAAUCAUAGUUUAUGGAACAUGUUCAUCAGUUUUUAUGAAUUUUAUCCUUUAAAAGACACACCUAGCUUUCCACUUUACGAACAUUUAAUUGAAAUAAUUAAGGAAAUUCAAAUUUCAACUUUAAUAAAUAAAUUCACAAAAUUAGGAUUUAAGUUUAUUGCUAAUACCAAUAAGGCAAACAUAAUGAUUAAUAUCUAAGUAUAUUUUUCUAAUCUUUAAGCGAUGUUCUCAAUUAUUUAUUUAUAAAAAAAAAACGAAAAAAAUAUGAUA